UUUGUGCCUCUGACAGCCUUUGGGCAUUGCUGGGAGCAGGCUCUCUCGGAUCACGUGCCUUUGCCUGAGGCUGAGGGCGCUUCAUUACUCCUUCCACCGCCAUAUUACAAACUUCAGUAUUUUUCUCUCUCUUGAAUUUUUCCCGCUCGUGAAAACUUAAUGCUUUCCGAUGAAGAGCUUCUGGGAGCAGUGAUGGAAAAUCAGUGCAUCAUGUUUCUAACAGUGCUACUACAACUCGUCCUUCGGGAUCUAAAUGCUAACGGACUGAGAGGUCAGGUUCACAAAGACGGACUGAUUUUCUGUGGGAUGGUGUUUGAAGAGCCGUAUGAUGUGGGAUAAGCUAUAAAAAUCUUCCAAAGUACUUGAUGAUAAUCAAGAUGAAUAAACAUAGCUGAGAGGGAAAAAUUGCUCAAGAAUGAAUUAGUUUCUCUAUAGUCUGCUGUUGUGAUUAAACAUUCAGUUUAAAAGAAUGGACAAAAGCAAACCUUUUCUCCUUCAUAUUCAGUGGUAUUAGCAUUGCUGAAUCCUUGACCACCAUUGGCCAGCUGGUUAACUAGACCGGUAAUAUAAAUACUGUGACUACAAAGAGUAGAUCAGAGUCCGGGAAUACUAUGGUGAACAACAACUCAUUCCACUUGCCUGGAUGCACGUGGCUGCAGCAACUCUGGACACAAUGAAGGUCUGAUUAAUUGCCGCUCUUAAGCAUUCACCACUUCCACCACUCUGCACAGUGAAUGCAGUGUGGACCAUCUAAAAAGUGCAUUACAGCAACUCAGCAAGACUGCUUCAACAGUAUCUUCUAAAGGCAAGACAUCCAUUUAGACGAAGGGCAGCAAAAAGUAGAAAAUGCUGAGAAACGUAACACAACUUACAGCGUCUGUGGAGAAACAGUUCUCCUGUUUAGAGUUCAAAAAUACUCUUCCUCAGAACAGUUACGAAGAAAAGUCAGUUUGGACUGAAAAUGUUAACUAUUUUUGCUCUCUGCACAGAUGAUGCCAGACUUGCUGAGAUUUUACAGCACUUUUUUUUUAAACUUCAGACUGUAGCAUCUGCAAUAUUUUGUUUGUGUCACUUGCAAAUUGUGCAGUAUACCGAUUUUUAAGCUCUGUUAUCAUCCCUUCACUGUUACGUCAGUAUUCUUGAUUUGAUUUGCCUUUCAAUAAUGGAGGUAUUCUUAACCCUACAUGGAUGGCAACUGCUGAAGAAUGCUUGCCUUACCACAGUCCUAAAAAUAUAUUCAGAAAAUAUAUUUUAAAGCUGUUGGUAAAGUGUUGAUAUGAUGAACUUUGAGAUCAAGAUUAUGAUACAAAUGGGAAAAAAAAUGUUAGCUAAAGUCGACAGCAUUGUUUGAUUAUGACUUAAGAUAAUUCACUAUGAAGCAUGAAGAUCACAUUCCCUCUCUAUCUAGAAACAUGGAAGUGAGAAGAAUGAAGAAUAGAGCUAAUCUCUCAAAUGAUUUAGUAGGGUAUGAAUUAAGCUGAAGAAUUUCAAGCAGAAUAGUGCCUCUGUGUUUGGCUGAGAAUCAUUGAGGAUAAUACUAGUCUCGGGUAUACAGGAUGUAGAAUAUUAAAUUAUAAGUCAUUUUAAACCAGUGGAUGAGAAAAUUUACUAUCAUACAUUUUUCAUUACUGGUGAAGACAAAUUUAUGAUUGAAGAACAUAACUUUACUUUGGACUUGCCAGUAAAAAAAAUCUAAAACUGUAAUGACUUGGAUUUAUGAAUAGACAUUGGUAUUAUUAAACCUAAUUGAUAUGCCAGUGAACCAUGAAUGGCUAACACUAAUCUGUGAUAAGGUCAGAGGAAGCUGCAGUGUAUUUGACAAGGAUUAACAGGAAACAGAGGCAAGGGAUAGCCACUUGAGUUGUAUAGAUAACAGGUAACCAGAGGCAGAGCUGCUCCAGACAGAACAAUCUUGUUAGGCUGUCAGACCAGAUAGCAGUUGUUCUGAAGGUGACUGAGGCAUGCUGAGAACAGUGAUAAAUGUGGCAACACUUGGAAAAGGAUUCAGUUUUUGUAGUGAAAAGACUAAUAUGGUCCCAGGUGGAUUGUUGAGUGACAGGAUUUUACAUCAGAAUGCAGAUGAAGAUGUGAAAAUGCACGCAACUGGCUCUCACUUGUAUUUCAGCAUUACUGCAGAGCUUUUAGUUCAAAGAAACUUCUGUUUCAUCAUGAGGUAUAAGGAGACUUGUCCAAUUUCAAAAGUUGGCUGCUAGAAAGAACAUUGUACGAGAAAGGUGCCCCAUGGUGAAGAUCUAUGGAUUAGGUCUGAAGAGAACUUUGGAAACAAGCUCCAGGUGAAGAUCAUCUACAAUGACCGGCAAAACACAGACGAGCAAUGUUACCAAUAAAAAUGAUCCCAGGUCUAUCAACUCCAGAGUCUUCAUUGGCAAUCUCAACACUGCUAUUGUGAAAAAAGCAGAUAUAGAAGCUAUUUUUGCAAAAUAUGGAAAGAUAGUUGGCUGUUCUGUGCACAAAGGAUAUGCAUUUGUACAAUACAUGAGUGAAAGGAAUGCCCGUGCAGCAGUGGCAGGGGAAAAUUCCAGAAUAGUUGCCGGACAACCUCUUGAUAUCAAUAUGGCUGGUGAACCCAAGCCUUACAGGCCCAAAUCUGGAACCAAGAGGCCUCUGUGUGCCCUUUACGGCAGUGGUUAUGACUUUGACUACGAUUAUUACAGAGAUGAUUUCUACAGCCGGAUGUUUGAUUAUCACGGCCGUGUUCCACCACCACCUCGUGCUGUUAUACCAAUAAAACGUCCCCGUGUCACUAUACCUGUCACACGCAGAGGAAAAGGUGGUUUCCCCAUGAAAGGAGGUCCACGGUCCACAAUCACAGGCACGGCUUCUGCAGGACCCAAAUUGAAAUCAGAUGAGCUGCAGACAAUCAAGAAGGAACUGACCCAAAUCAAAAACAAAAUUGACUUCUUACUGGGAAGACUGGAGAAGAUUGAGAAACAACAAAAGGCAGAUGCCGAGUCACAGAAGAAGCAGCUUGAAGAAAAUUCAGAGUCUGCGCAUGAGGAAUCCAUAUCGGAAAAUGCAGAAACUUCCACGGAGGAACAAGUGGAAGGGGGCCCAGAUGUUGAUGGAGAUGGGGAAGAGAUGACUGAUGGGGUAGAGGAAGAUUAUGAUGAGGAUGGCAGCAAUGAGAUGAAUGAGAAUCAUGUAUCAGACAUGGAGGAUACACAGUAAUUGAUACGCAUAGAAAGUUAAAACAAACUGAAGGAGUCAUGGUGAUCAAUGACAAUGGACUGGCUGGAAUCUCAAAUUAAGUGUUACCUUGAGCAACAACAGAAGAAAAGAUGUACAAUAUAUUAAGACUGAUAGUCUGUCUUAUGUGGGAGCUACUUCAUUUUUGUUGGAGAUUACAUUUGUGACCUGCAAGGGAGAAACUUUCAUCGGAUUUAAAUUCUAUCUAAUUUGUAUGCUUGUUGGAUUUCCAUGGCCAUAACUGUGGAACAAUUUUUUAAAACAUGUAUUCUCAGUAGUUUAAACGUAACAAAAUCACAUGUAUCUCUUUUACAUCUAGCCCAUGAGAAAUUAAUGUGGCUCUAUAAAGGAAUCUUAACAGAAAUUAUACUCGUAUAGUAUUGGGAUAAAGUUAUUUUGAUAUCAGCAUGUUUUAAUUGUCAAACCUUGUUUUUAGGUUUGAGUGAUGUUUGAAAUUGUAAUGUGGUCUUGGCUUUACAUGUGUUACAGCAAUUGCAUGAUCUGACUGAUCAUGUACAAAUUACACCUCAUUUUGUUUCGUUGAAUGGGAAGUGUGAGUUACAUUAAAUGAGCCAGUGAAUUUAAAAGUAUAUGUUUGCAUUAACAACACAUAGCAAGCAGAUUCAGGGGCCAUAUUAUUAAUAAAACAUUAUUAUUGAAUUUAAGGACUAAUUUUAAAGUAAUCUGCCGAUAAGGAAACCCUCAGGAAGGAGCAAAAUGCUAGUUUUACAUCUUCCACAAUAUUACUCUCCUUCAAUUCCAUGGACAGUACAAUCAGGCAACAUUGUAUCUGACUCCAUCAGCUUACUGACAGAUGGGCUACGUUGCCCCAAACAUUUAAUAUGAAUGCCUAUAAGUAAAUUCUGACUUAAGGCAUUGAACCAGAUUUUCUAGGACAGUUUUGGAGAGGGUGGAGUGCAGGAAUUGUAGCAGGGAGCCACUUCAAUACUUCCCUUUUAGGAUUUCCCUUUUGGGAUGAUUGUGGAAAAUAGCUAUGUAUGAAAGGAACAUGGCAAUAAAAAGGAAACACCACCCCCAACAUGUUUCCUGUCGUUAACCCCAAAAAUCUCAAUCCUUUUGAAUUCCAAAACAGAGGUUAAAAAAAUUAUAAAGAAAUUAUAAAGCAAGUGUUGUUCAUAAUAGUGAAUGAUUGCAGGAAUUUUAGUUUUGACUCUUUGGCCAGCACUGAGCCUCACUAUGCUGUGAUUUUAGUUGCAGUGAUUGUAACGAGGUCAGCCAGGUGAACCUCAUGGAAUAUGAGUUCCCUGAUUGGGGCUGUUAAUCUGGUCCAACCAGGAAAUCCUGGCUGACAGAUAAAAAUGGGUGUGACAAACAUCCUGUUCACUCUGAGAGCUGGCUCUGAGGGAGCUUGAUCAGUGACAAGGAAUCUCCACGUGUAAAUAAAGGGUGACUUGGUGACAGGACACCAGCCUCUGUGGAGUUAUUUCAUCAGUCAUAUUUAUUUUCCUCUCCUACUGCAGAAGAUUCUUCCCAUAGGUUUACAUCUCUGCUAAGUGCAUCAAUAAGCAUGUUUUUUGCAGAGGCUGAGUACUGCAGAAGAAAUAUGAUACAGGAAGGUUUUAACAUUAUUUACGUUAACAUUCAAUUUUGCUUUUAUUUCAUUUUAUUUUAAUAAAGUAAAUCAUUUUUGAAGGUAGCCUUAAUAGUAUGGCAGAAGUAAAUCAUUUCAAUAAAAGAAAUGUUUUACGAUUUCAACGAUUACUUGUUAUGGCUGAAGGAAGGGUCAAACAUUUAACAAUCAGUUUUCCUUCUCUCGUCUCAACAAUGUCAGACAUUGCCUGCUACCUUCACAGAUUCAAGGAUGUUGUAUAUGAAAAGACAGAAAAGCAAAUUACUUAUUGUUAAAAAUAAACUUUGAGACAUCAGUCAGCAACUACAUUCCCCAAAUUACUACAAGGUACGAUAAAGUGUUUUACGCUUUCACUACGUGGCAUUUCUCAAUCUAAGCAUAAGAUUUCUAGCUCUGGUAUGUUUUGAGAAAAACUUCAUGAACAGGAAAAAUCGUUCAAACCAAAAAUAUCCAUUAGCUUUUAGUCAUAAAAGCUUGUAUAGAAUAUCAUCCCAGGUUUCCUUAUAUGCAGUGGAUUUUCCAUUGCAUAUGGUGAUAAACAGGGGUGUCACUAGAUGAGAUUUUGUUCAAAUUUUAUAUGCUUUUUGUUACCUGUUGUGAAUGUAUAUGGAUUACAAUAAAAUCCUGCGGCAAAUGUUUAGCUGCUAGCCAAUAAUACGUAGCUAGUGUUCUUUUUUAGUUGGUGAUGAAACUGUCUAUCAAAUUGCAAAACAAAUUAGAACAGAAAUUUUGUUCCAGUGGAUAUGGGAAUUUUCCCAUUAAGCAAUAUACUUCACUGCAUUUGAAAUAAAAAGGAAGUGAAAACUGAAGGUACAGAAACAGAAAUAAAAAUGUUAACAAUUUACAGCAGUUUGAUCAGCACCUGAGGGAAUUAGAUUACUGCUCUGAUAAAAUAGCGCAAUAUCUUCUAAUUUAGAAAAUCAUUUAAAUGGCAUUUUAUUUUGUAUUUUCUGUUCUUGACCUGCAACAUAUCUUAUAGCACCUAUUAUUUUCCUUGAUUAGCUUGAAGACCUGAACUUAUAAAACUUUUAAAAUUGAGGGGGAAAAAAAUGAUAUUUUAAUGUAAGGUGAGUUAUUAAGAACUCACAAUAAUACUAAGGAAAAUUAAAAUGUCAAGUCUUUGGCAUGAGCAGGACAUAAAUAUGUCCUUAUUUCAUUUUUACUUAUCCAUUAAACAAAUUAUGUUUUGCAGCUAUAAUCCAUGAUUUUGAUGAUGAGUGUGAAGCUAGGAAAUGUCAGGAUAAUAAUGAUAGAUUAACACAAGACAGUGAGGAAAAGACAUAAAUAGUACUUUCAGCCACUCAAAUUUACCAUGAUACAGUAAGGGAAGCUUUGUCAAAAAGAAAAUGAGAACCAUUUUCAUCUCCCUUGUAGAAAAAACUAGCUUAGACCUGUCAUAAGCUGACUGCUCAUUUUAGAUUUGAUUGAUAUGGAAGACUGGUCAGACUCCAAAUAGAGUUGCAUGUAUAUUUUGUUCACUAAUUCAUUCUAUUGCAAUUCCUUAUGCUAUUCCCCUGUUGUUUUGUAUCAUCCUUGUUCAUGAAUAACUUAAAUUCUCAUGAAAUUCAGUGUUUGAGAAAAUAAAAGUAAUUGUUGAAUUCAUCAAUAAUAAUUGGAGCUUUCAAAGAAGUAAAUGAAGAAAGAUGUGAAAUUUUAAGAUCAUGGUUGAAGCAGCGCAGGCUGUUAAAAUAUUCUUGACAGAGUUAAAAGUUAUUUUCGAAAAUGUUUUUGUAGAAAGGCUUAACGCAUUCAAACCAAAUUCUCUCUCUUUUUAUAAGGAAGGCAUUAGCUGGCUUAAUAUAAAUAGGCUAAUUCCUUCAUUUAAACAGUAUACAAUGAAAUUUAACAAAAUCACCUUAAGUGUUCACACACUAAGACCAGUGGAAGUAAUUUCUAAACUAUACAGAAAGGCAGAAAAAAUGCCUCACUGAUACCCAGCACUGAUAACCACAGAUUAAUUCUUUAUAAACUGUUCAUUAAUUAGCAAACAAUUUUAUGUGGGUUAUGGAGACAAGAACAUCUAAGAUAGGCAUUGUCUUUCUGUUAGAUUCUUCAGAUCAGAAAUGGAACUCACAAAAGUAAUUAAAAGAUCUUGCCAUGUUUUAGUUUAUCCUGGCUGCAUUUGCAUGAAUAGAAAUGCUUUAACAUGUGGAUUUGCUCCUAUGGUUGGUCCAGUCUGAAGGCAAGUAUUCCUACUGACUUUCCUACAAAUCUGCAAACAUUUCUUUAAAAAUUCCUGCACUGUUUAAUAAUCACUAUUGUACAAAUUUUCAUUUCUUGUGAUUUAAAUUUCACUAUGUUUGUGGAUAAAACAUAUGAUUGUUUAGCUGAAACAUUUGUUGUAUUAAAAGAAAUUGAGACAAUUUUAUGAUCAUUGAAAACUAGUGCUAAUUUGAUUUUUUUUGGUGAUUCAAAAGUGAUGGCUUAUGGUUAAUGAUUGAGGAACCCUUCAGGAUAUUCUUCAAUUCAUUGGCUUUUGAUCUGUACCCACAGUUUUUAAACAUCUGAACUUUUGUAUUGAUAAGGACAGAGUAUUAAAUAAAAGAAUAUGAACAAA